GGUGAGGAAAACUAUUUUUUUCCUUUCAUUUGAGCUACCCUGUUACUCCCCUGUUUCCUCUGUUUUUCCCAACAUUUUAUGGUGGAUAAGAAAAUGUCCUCAAGUGUAUGUCAUGGGUUCCAAUCAUGCCUCGAGCCAAGGCUCGUCGAACCACGUUUUUUGUGGCUGAAACUGGCUCCACCAAAAACGAAUUUUCCUGGCUCCACUGUUUCUACGCCCUGUUUCAAUAACCCUUCCCCUACCGAGCCCAAGCCUAUGCCCCAUAAUCAAGAAAAAAAUACCACCAUCAGCAACAAUAAGAACAACGGGAAUGAUUGCAAACUGAUAGGCAAUCAAAAUAUUGACAUGGGUGGCUGGAGUUUCCUCCAGGCGCUCGCCAAUUCCAAAGAUUCUACCGAGCAUGACAAAGUUUAUUUGGACCCUCUUGUUAAGAGUUCAGCUUCUACGCUAAGUGAAAAAAGUCUUCAAAUGUGCACCGAAAGCUUAGGUAGUGAAACUGGAAGUGAAGUUAGCGAGAGCAGCGAUGACAUUUCCUUGCUUUCAUUAGAAGCUGUGGUUUGCAAUCCAUCAAAACCAAGGGAAAGUUUGGUGACAAGAAAAAUGAGUCGUAGCAGCAGCUUUCCUCCUCCGUUGACAUCCAUUAGUGGUUCCAAUGGCAUUCAAGUCAAAUCUCACCGAGAAGGCGGCCGCCUAGUUCUUCAAGCCGUUGCUAUCCCUCCUUGUCAUAGUUGCUUCCAUGCAGAAAGAAGCGAGGGGAGGCUUAGGCUUUCCCUUUCGAAGGAUACUACCCUAAUAUUCGACAACGAAGACGGUGAAGAGGAAGACGACCAUGAAGAGGUAGCAGAGGAAGAUGAACAUGGUGAAGUAGUUUAUUAUGAAGAAAAUGGAGUAGAAGGAGAAGUUGAAGAAGAGUGUUAUCGAGCAGCUGAGAAUAUGGAAGGAAAUAGUGGGAAUGUCGGGGGUGAAAUUGGGACAGGGAAGUUGCCUAGGCCAAGCAGCUGCAAAGAAAAUAGGCGUGAGCACAAAGGCUUGCUUAAUUGGGAGCCAUUCUUGGUGUUUACUUAAAAGCUAUAAGUUGGAAGAUUUUUCUCAACCCCAGAGAGAAUUACUAUUACUAUUUUGGAUUCCCUAAUUUCCCAUUUUUCUCCCUUUAAUUUUUAUUUCUAAUUUUAAGUAAUUAAAAGUUUGAGA